AUGUCAUCUGAAUUGGAUAAGAAAUUGUGUUCUAAGCACUAAUUGGAGAUUUAGACAAUAGAUUUAAAAUAAUCUACUGCUGAUGAGGAUAAAUAUCUUUGUAUCAAGUGUCUGAUGGAGAAAAUUGAUAUUUAAAACAUGGCUCUGGUUUAGGAGACAAAAAUAAUGAUUAAGCAAAUGAAAAGUGAGUAAUUGAACAGUAAAAUCAAAUAGUAUUAGAGUAAGAUCGAAAACUUUAGAUAGAUUCAUACUUAAGUAAAAGAAUUGAGAUUGUCAAUCAACAACACCUUAGAUAAAGUUUAAAGUAACUUAGAUUAAAAAAUAACUCUAAUGGAGAAAGAGUUAGAAGAAUCAGAAUCAAAAACCUAAGUUUCUUCUUUUGAGGAAGAUGUUAAAGUUCUAUCAAAGAAUUACAAAGGAUCAUUUAGCUUUGAAGUUCCUAAGGAAUUCGAGAACUCUAUGGAUAACAAUUCUUAUAUAGAUUCAGUAUAAUAGUAAUUGUAAUCUAUAAUUAAAUGUCCUAUUUUCAACUAAAUCAACGAAUCUUUAGAAAACACUAAAUUGAAAGAAGACCAUAAAGAAAUAAAGUAAAUCUAAUCUCUGUCAAAAAAGGAGGAAAAUCCAUUAGUAAUUAUAUUAUACAAUAAUAGAAAACACCAAGCUUGAAUAUUUAAUGUAAUAAACAUGGAAAAGAAAUUAUCAUGUUAAACUUAAAUCCUGAAAAAACUAAACUUUCUAGAUAGGCUUGUGUCGAGUGUAUAUAAUCUAAUGAUCCAAUCAAAUAUACAACUUUAAAUGAUGCGAAUUUUAAAUGGAAUGAAUAUUUGGGUUAGACUAGUGAUUAAGUUAAACAAUUUUAGGACUUAAGAUGUUUUAAAUAAAGAUAAAUCAUUGAAACUCUUGAAGAAGUUAAAGAAAAGUACAAUUCUACAAUUUCAGAUAUUAUCAAUAGGGUAAACACUCAAUACUCAAUGUUCUCUCAAAAUGAGACUAAUUAAUUUAAUGAGAAUAUGAUUUAUUAAAUGAGUACUGAAUAAAUUAAUGAGUUAUCUGAUAUAUUAAGCUAGACAGAUAAAUUUUAAGCUUUAACUGAGAAACAAUUUAAUAUAUAGAAGGAAGAUCUUAAUUAACUGGAUAUAAUUUCAACGAAUUUUGGAAAAUUACUAUAAAACGAUAUAUUAGCAACUAAUAAGAUUAAUAAAAUAUUCAAAGAAUAAAACUCCUAUAUUGCUGAACUCAAGGGUAAAAAAGAUGAAAUUAUUCAAGAGGAAAAUCACAUUUCUAAUCAAUAAUCCAUUAAGUAAUUAAAUUUAUAACUUCAAAAUUUAUAAAUAUAUUAGGUUAUCUUAAAUGAAGCAUAAAAUUAGUAUGAAUUUAUUAUGCAAACAAUAAAUAACUUAUCAACAGAAUUUAAAGAUUUAUAACUGUAGCAAGUAUAGCUCUAUUUGUAAAAAUUAGUUUAAUCAAUAUGUAUCUAAUAUAGAAAAAGAUUUCUUGAUAAUGAAGAAACUAAAGAAUUUCGAUAAAGUUGAGGCUGAACUUAAAUAGAAUCAGUAAGAUAAGUAAUACUUGAAAAAUCAACUAACAGAGAGUGAAAAGACAAACUUAUCAAACUAAUAAACAAUAAUUGAACUUAAAUAAAAGGAUGGAGAAUAGAUAUAAAUAAUGUAAGAUUUAAGGAAUGAAAAGGAAGUAUUAAGAGUAAAAGUAAAAGAACUUGAAUAAUAAAGUAAAAAUGAGAUUGUAUUAAAUAGAAAGUUAAUUUGAAGUUAAUCUUAAAGAAAAAUAAGGAUAGUUGGAAAGAUGUUAAGACUUAAAUCAAAAGAAUGAAGAAAUAGUCAAAUAAUUAUAACUAACUUUGGUAUAAGUAAAAUUUAAAUUUGAAGUAGUUAUCGUAAUUCUCUAAAUAAUUGACAUUCUCAACAACUUAUAAACAUAAUAGUUGUUUAGUAAAUUAAAAUGGAAAAGUUAUUGAGAAUAAUUAUGAUGGUCAUUAUUGUUGUAUGUGUGAUUAAAUGAUUCCUAAGAAUGGAGUCAUUUUAUUUGCUUUUAAAAUUAUUGAAAUUUCUUCUAUUAUGAUUGGAAUUGGUUUUAGGGAUAUUGUGUAGAGUAAGGGUUAUUAGGGUUCUUAUUCUAUUGGAGGAGGGUAUAUAUUAUGAUAUAAAUAGUUCAUAAAUAGAACAUAUAAUAUACAUAAUUCAAAUUAUUGUUAUAAUCAUGAUUAAUAAGAUAAAAAUAGUUAAUAAAUAGGAUUUCGAUUUUCAAAAAAUGAUAUUAUAAUAGUUGAAGUGGANACCUAAGUUUCUUCUUUUGAGGAAGAUGUUAAAGUUCUAUCAAAGAAUUACAAAGGAUCAUUUAGCUUUGAAGUUCCUAAGGAAUUCGAGAACUCUAUGGAUAACAAUUCUUAUAUAGAUUCAGUAUAAUAGUAAUUGUAAUCUAUAAUUAAAUGUCCUAUUUUCAACUAAAUCAACGAAUCUUUAGAAAACACUAAAUUGAAAGAAGACCAUAAAGAAAUAAAGUAAAUCUAAUCUCUGUCAAAAAAGGAGGAAAAUCCAUUAGUAAUUAUAUUAUACAAUAAUAGAAAACACCAAGCUUGAAUAUUUAAUGUAAUAAACAUGGAAAAGAAAUUAUCAUGUUAAACUUAAAUCCUGAAAAAACUAAACUUUCUAGAUAGGCUUGUGUCGAGUGUAUAUAAUCUAAUGAUCCAAUCAAAUAUACAACUUUAAAUGAUGCGAAUUUUAAAUGGAAUGAAUAUUUGGGUUAGACUAGUGAUUAAGUUAAACAAUUUUAGGACUUAAGAUGUUUUAAAUAAAGAUAAAUCAUUGAAACUCUUGAAGAAGUUAAAGAAAAGUACAAUUCUACAAUUUCAGAUAUUAUCAAUAGGGUAAACACUCAAUACUCAAUGUUCUCUCAAAAUGAGACUAAUUAAUUUAAUGAGAAUAUGAUUUAUUAAAUGAGUACUGAAUAAAUUAAUGAGUUAUCUGAUAUAUUAAGCUAGACAGAUAAAUUUUAAGCUUUAACUGAGAAACAAUUUAAUAUAUAGAAGGAAGAUCUUAAUUAACUGGAUAUAAUUUCAACGAAUUUUGGAAAAUUACUAUAAAACGAUAUAUUAGCAACUAAUAAGAUUAAUAAAAUAUUCAAAGAAUAAAACUCCUAUAUUGCUGAACUCAAGGGUAAAAAAGAUGAAAUUAUUCAAGAGGAAAAUCACAUUUCUAAUCAAUAAUCCAUUAAGUAAUUAAAUUUAUAACUUCAAAAUUUAUAAAUAUAUUAGGUUAUCUUAAAUGAAGCAUAAAAUUAGUAUGAAUUUAUUAUGCAAACAAUAAAUAACUUAUCAACAGAAUUUAAAGAUUUAUAACUGUAGCAAGUAUAGCUCUAUUUGUAAAAAUUAGUUUAAUCAAUAUGUAUCUAAUAUAGAAAAAGAUUUCUUGAUAAUGAAGAAACUAAAGAAUUUCGAUAAAGUUGAGGCUGAACUUAAAUAGAAUCAGUAAGAUAAGUAAUACUUGAAAAAUCAACUAACAGAGAGUGAAAAGACAAACUUAUCAAACUAAUAAACAAUAAUUGAACUUAAAUAAAAGGAUGGAGAAUAGAUAUAAAUAAUGUAAGAUUUAAGGAAUGAAAAGGAAGUAUUAAGAGUAAAAGUAAAAGAACUUGAAUAAUAAAGUAAAAAUGAGAUUGUAUUAAAUAGAAAGUUAAUUUGAAGUUAAUCUUAAAGAAAAAUAAGGAUAGUUGGAAAGAUGUUAAGACUUAAAUCAAAAGAAUGAAGAAAUAGUCAAAUAAUUAUAACUAACUUUGGUAUAAGUAAAAUUUAAAUUUGAAGUAGUUAUCGUAAUUCUCUAAAUAAUUGACAUUCUCAACAACUUAUAAACAUAAUAGUUGUUUAGUAAAUUAAAAUGGAAAAGUUAUUGAGAAUAAUUAUGAUGGUCAUUAUUGUUGUAUGUGUGAUUAAAUGAUUCCUAAGAAUGGAGUCAUUUUAUUUGCUUUUAAAAUUAUUGAAAUUUCUUCUAUUAUGAUUGGAAUUGGUUUUAGGGAUAUUGUGUAGAGUAAGGGUUAUUAGGGUUCUUAUUCUAUUGGAGGAGGGUAUAUAUUAUGAUAUAAAUAGUUCAUAAAUAGAACAUAUAAUAUACAUAAUUCAAAUUAUUGUUAUAAUCAUGAUUAAUAAGAUAAAAAUAGUUAAUAAAUAGGAUUUCGAUUUUCAAAAAAUGAUAUUAUAAUAGUUGAAGUGGAUAUCCAAAAGAAAUACGUGAAAUGGACAAAAUAAUCCACAAAUCAAUCAUUUGUAUCAAUAUCAAAUUAUUAUUAUUAUUAGACUCUGACUAUAGAUACAUCUAAAGAUUUAUAUCCAUGUGUACAUUUAUAUGACAGAUGUAAAAUAGAGAUAUUAAAUUCAUUAUUUAAAUGA